AUGAGCAUCUUUAGAAGGCAGAAAAAUCUCCGUCCUUCAGGCUAUCAGAGAUCUUUAUCAGAACCUGCUGAUGGUCCAUUAGGAGGUGGAACUGGUUUAAAAAAUUGUCAAUGGUGCCGUCCAGCAAAAAGUAAGAAGAGGACUUAUGAGUAUACCGAUUCUGAUCUGGGAAAACCACUGGGCGCUUAUAGGUGGCAGACACAUCCCAGUCUUCGGUGGAAAGGGAGCAAAAGAAAGAGAUCACAGAGUCAAAGAAGUGAUCACGACAAGCCACAGUCCUUUGAGGGCCUCCUGAAUACAGUCCACAACAAUGUUUGUACUGAUGAUAUUUGUGGAACGCCAACAGCGAACCAAGCUGGUGGCACCAGAUCAUUUCGGAUUCCCUUCACCAGAUCGCUUUCUGAACCUGCACCCCAUUGCAGUAGCAGACCUGCAAGGUCACUUCUGACUUCAAUAAGGUCAGAGAAUUCAGAGCAAGAAGGAUAUUUCACUCGUGGUAUUUUCUCUACUCUGUCCAGUGGCUUCUCCCGAAUGCUGAGUCUAAAAGGAGAAUCCAGCAGUGAGCCAAUGAAAGAAGAUGUGAAAGGGCCACCCACUCACCGUCUGUCAUGUGGCCAGUCUCCCUACACUGAAACAACAACAUGGGAGCGGAAGUAUUGCAUACUCACAGAUAGCCAGUUGGUGUUGCUCAACAAAGAGAAGGAGAUACCAGUGGAGGGGGGACAGGAGCAGCAGACAGAUUCCACCAAAGGAAGAUGCCUAAGGAGAACUGUCAGUGUUCCCUCUGAGGGUCAGUUUCCUGAAUACCCACCAGAUGGCGCAGCCAAACUGGAGGUGCCAGCAGAAAGGUCCCCACGAAGACGGAGCAUCUCAGGGACCAGCACAUCAGAGAAACCCAACUCCAUGGAUGCUGCAAAUACUUCACCAUUCAAAGUACCAGGAUUCUUUAGCAAGCGCUUGAAAGGCUCCAUAAAGAGGACCAAAAGUCAAUCGAAACUUGACAGGAACACGAGUUUCCGGCUCCCAUCACUUCGCAACACAGAUGACAGGUCUCGUGGACUGCCCAAGCUAAAAGAGUCUCGUUCCCAUGAAUCUUUGCUCAGUCCAUGCAGUGCUGUAGAAUGUCUGGACCUUGGCAGAGGGGAGCCAGUAUCAGUCAAACCACUACAUAGCAGCAUACUUGGCCAAGACUUCUGCUUUGAGGUAACCUACUUGAGUGGAAGUAAAUGCUUUAGCUGUAAUUCAGCUUCAGAGAGAGACAAGUGGAUGGAAAAUCUACGCCGGACAGUGCAACCCAAUAAGGACAAUUGUAGAAGGGCUGAGAAUGUUUUACGGUUAUGGAUUAUUGAAGCCAAGGACCUGGCCCCCAAAAAGAAGUAUUUCUGUGAGUUGUGCCUUGAUGAUACUCUUUUUGCUCGUACAACUAGCAAGACCAAAGCAGACAAUAUUUUCUGGGGUGAACAUUUUGAAUUCUACAGCCUUCCCCCACUCCAUAGCAUCACAGUUCACAUCUAUAAGGACAUGGAAAAAAAGAAAAAAAAGGACAAAAAUAAUUACGUAGGACUUGUCAACAUACCCACAGCCAGUGUGACUGGCCGCCAGUUUGUGGAAAAAUGGUACCCUGUGAGCACACCUACACCAAACAAAGGAAAGACCGGAGGUCCUUCUAUUCGGAUUAAGUCACGUUUCCAGACUAUCACCAUUCUACCCAUGGAGCAGUACAAAGAGUUUGCCGAAUUUGUCACCAGCAACUACACCAUGUUGUGCUCUGUCCUAGAGCCUGUGAUCAGUGUGCGGAACAAAGAAGAACUGGCUUGUGCCUUGGUGCACAUUCUUCAGAGUACUGGCAGGGCCAGGGACUUUCUGACAGACCUGGUGAUGUCUGAGGUGGAUCGCUGUGGAGAGCAUGAUGUAUUGAUCUUCAGGGAGAACACAAUUGCCACCAAGUCCAUUGAGGAGUACCUGAAGUUGGUGGGACAGCAGUAUCUCCAUGAUGCACUUGGGGAGUUCAUCAAGGCUCUGUAUGAAUCAGAUGAGAAUUGUGAGGUGGAUCCCAGCAAAUGUUCAUCCAGUGAACUAUUUGACCACCAAAGCAACCUGAAAAUGUGCUGUGAGCUGGCUUUUUGCAAAAUCAUCAACUCUUACUGUGUUUUCCCCCGUGAAUUGAAAGAAGUGUUUGCAUCUUGGAAGCAACAGUGCCUGAACAGGGGCAAGCAAGACAUCAGCGAGCGUCUCAUCAGUGCUUCACUGUUUCUCCGUUUCCUCUGCCCAGCUAUCAUGUCCCCCAGCCUUUUCAGCCUUAUGCAGGAAUAUCCGGAUGACCGGACAUCUAGGACUUUGACGCUAAUUGCCAAGGUUAUUCAGAACCUUGCAAAUUUUGCCAAGUUUGGUAACAAAGAGGAAUACAUGGCUUUCAUGAAUGAUUUCUUAGAACAUGAGUGGAGUGGAAUGAAGCGCUUUCUGCUGGAGAUUUCUAACCCAGACACCAUCUCAAAUACCCCUGGCUUCGAUGGCUACAUUGAUCUGGGCAGAGAGCUUUCGGUUUUGCAUUCCUUAUUAUGGGAAGUUGUUUCCCAACUUGAUAAGGGUGAAAAUUCCUUCCUACAGGCGACUGUGGCAAAAUUGGGACCACUUCCUCGUGUUCUCGCUGACAUUACUAAGUCUCUGACUAAUCCUACACCAAUACAGCAGCAACUGAGACGUUUCACUGAACAUAACUCCAGCCCAAAUGUCAGUGGCAGUCUCUCCUCAGGCCUGCAGAAGAUAUUUGAGGACCCCACUGACAGUGAGUUGCACAAAUUAAAGUCUCCAACCCAGGAAAACACAGAUAGCUAUUUUAGAGGUAAAACAUUACUGUUGGUUCAGCAGGCAUCCUCCCAAAGCAUGACUUACUCAGAAAAAGAUGAAAAGGAAAAUGGACUUCCUAAUGGAAGGAGCAUUUCACUUAUGGAUCUUCAGGACCCCCAUGCUGCCCAAAUGGACCACGCAUCCAUCAUCCUGGAUGUGCCCAUGCGUUUGACUGGCAGCCAGCUUUCCAUAACCCAAGUGGCCAGUAUCAAACAACUCCGAGAGACACAGAGUACCCCACAGAGUGCACCCCAAGUGAGGAGACCUUUGCAUCCCGCCUUGAGCCAGCCAGGCAGCCUCCAACCCCUGUCCUUCCAAAACCCAGUUUAUCACCUCAACAACCCCACCCCAUCCAUGCCAAAGGCCUCUGUGGAUUCCAGUUUGGAGAACUUAAGCACUGCCAGCUCCAGAAGCCAAAGUAAUAGUGAAGAUUUCAAACUCAGUGGACCCAGCAACAGCAGCCUGGAAGACUUCGCCAAGCGCAGCACCCAGAGUGAAGACUUUUCUAGGAGGCACACAGGGCCAGAUAGACACAUACCUCUUGCACUUCCACGGCAAAAUAGUACCGGGCAAGCACAGAUCCGCAAAAUGGACCAGGCCGGGCUGGGCGCCCGAGCCAAAGCCCCCCAUUCCCUGCCACACAGUGCUUCCCUCCGGAGCACAGGAAGCAUGUCAGUAGCUUCUGCAGCCUUAGUGGCUGAGCCUGUACAGAAUGGAAGCAGGUCCCGGCAGCAAUCCUCCUCCUCCAGAGAAAGUCCCGUCCCCAAAGUGAGAGCAAUCCAGCGGCAGCAGACACAGCCGGUUCAGUCACCUGUGGACUCUGCCACAAUGUCUCCAGUGGAAAGAACGGCAGCCUGGGUUCUGAACAAUGGACAAUAUGAAGAAGAUGAAGAAGACCCUGAGCAGAAUCAAGAUGAUGUCAAGCAUGCUGAGAAGUACGAACAAGAAAUCGCGAAGUUGAAGGAACGCCUGAAAGUGUCGAGCCGGAGGUUGGAGGAGUAUGAGCGAAGGCUCCUGGUGCAGGAGCAGCAGAUGCAGAAGCUGCUGAUGGAGUACAAAGCCAGACUGGAGGACAGCGAGGAGCGUCUGCGCAGACAGCAAGAAGAGAAGGAUAGCCAGAUGAAAAGCAUCAUCAGCAGGCUAAUGGCUGUUGAAGAGGAGUUGAAGAAGGAUCAUGCUGAGAUGCAGGCAGUUAUUGAUGCAAAGCAGAAAAUCAUUGAUGCACAGGUCAUAAAUGGGGAUGAGAUUAUUCAGACAGGAAAAGCGGAUCGUGUCCCUGGAUUCAGCCAAUACACGGCUGAUGAGUGCCCUAACCCAGGUGAAGGAACGCUACAGCAUGCAGGUCCGCAAUGGCAUCUCUCCCACCAACCCCACCAAGCUUUCCAUCACGGAGAAUGGUGAAUUUAAAAACAGCAGCUGCUAACCAGCUCUCCUGAAGAGACAGUGGAGAUUAAAAGAAAUUGUAUUGGAAAAUACAAACCCAUUCCCUUAUCCCUAGCCCUUCACCCUGCCCCUCCAGGUUUACAGAAUGCUGCUAAAUUGGAAUGGCAACAUAAAGGAACUAUUGAGUGGUGAAAGAAACCAUCUCCUUUAGGGCAUAAGACUAGAACUAUAGAGUUGAUGCUCUUUUCCCGUAUCUCUUUGUACAUAAGGAACUCAGUUCUGGGCCAUGUACAGAAAACGCCACUGUAAUAUACCAAAAGGAAGUUAA